GGCUCAGACCGUGUGCGACCGGGGCGACCGGACCGGCGCCAUGGUGUGCCUUCGGCUCUGGGCGCUUUUUCUAAGCGCGCUCUGUGCCGCACUGAACGUAGCAGGUGCUCAGCACCGUGGCGCGCCCGGGGCGUCGGCCUUGAAGGAUGUGCUCCAGGCCGUGGAGGAUGACACUUCCGAGAAGUCGCUGAAGGAGGACUUCUCUCAGAAGGAGGCUGUGGAGGCGACCUCGCAGAUGUCUCGCACCGUGGCAGACCUGGAGGCCAAGUUGAACACCAUGAAGAAGAUGGCGCUUUUGCAGACCGCAGAGACCAAGGCAGCACUGGCCAGCCUGGAAGAAAAGCUCUCGCUGGCCGAGGAGGAGGCCGCUGAGAAGACCGGCGCAUUGGACGUCUCCGAGGCUCACGCGAAGGACUUGGAGCAGCAACUGAUGCAGGAGAUGGCAAGGAGGCGGAAAGCAGAGGAGGAGCCCUACUUGACUGGUGCUGUGAUACCUACCGAACGGCCGGUGUCCUUCCUCCAGAUGCGCUCCGUGGAGGAGAUUGCAGCCAUGAAGGCAGAGCUGGCGCAGGUAAAGGCAAAGAUCGAGGAGGAGCAACGCUUGGGCCGCAGCUCCAACGAGCAGCUGCUGAGCGAGAGCCGUGAAGUGGUGGCCUCGCAGCGGAAGUUGCAGAAGCUGCAAAAGGAAGCGAAGCGCAUGGAACGUGAGGCCAAGAAGAAGGAUGCGGCGUUCACCAGCGCAGAGCAGAAGCUGGGAGUGAAAGGCCCAGGUUCCAAGCCUCAGGUGGUCGCAAUGGCCCGGCAGAUUGGGGCAGCGCGGAUGGAACUGCAAGAGCUCCGUCAUCAGCGUCUGCAGCUCCGUCAGCAGCUCCGGGAGCAACAGGAGGCCCUCGAUCGGGCGAACCUGGAUGUCAAGCGGCACUCGGAGCACGUGGAGCUGUUGAAGACACGAGGGAAAGACUUGGAGCAGUUGAUGAGGAACAUGGACCAGGCGGAUGAGAAGCAGCUCUGCCAGGCGACCGACGAGUCGAAGCGGGUGCAGUCCUUCUUCGCCUCGAUGGACCAGGAACUGCAGAAGGCUCGAACCAAGAAGGCCGAAUUGGACGCGCAGGUGGCCAAGGUCGCAGCAGAGCGGCAGAAGGAGGAGCAGCGCGCCAAGAAUGAGGAGACGGAGGCCAAGGCGAUUGGCAGUGAAGUGGAAGAGGCCGAGAAUGAACUCCACCAGGUGAAGCAGGAGAUCACCAAGUUGAACGUCCAGAUCUUCCAAGAGAAGCAGAAGGCGAAGUCGAUGGAGAAGGCGGUGCAGAAUGAGCAGCUGAAGUAUCGCCAGGAACUGAAAGAGAAGGAACUGCGGGACCAGCAGGUCCAAAACUUGACGGCCAUGUUGACCGGCAAGGACCAGGCCAUGAACAGCCUGGAGGGCCGCUACCGAAAGCUGCAGCGAAAGGCAUUGGCGGCGAAGAAGCUCUUGGAGAAGGAAGAGAAGAAAGCCAAACUCCAGGAGCUUUCCGCCCAGCAGCAGCUGGAAGCUGAGGAGAAGAAGGCUGAGAAGAAGGCGACGGAGGAGUCCUUGCAGCUUCAAGAAGUGAAGAAGCAGCUGAAGGAGGAGGGCGAGAAAGCCCAGAAGGCCUUUGACGAGCAGGUGAAGCUCAUGCAGAAGAAGCAUGCAAAGGAGGUCAAAGAACAGGAAGAGAAGAUCGGACAUCAGGUCAAGAUCGAGAGGGGUCGAGUGAUGGAGAAGGUCGCGCAAUUGGAGAAGGAGCUGAAGCACGAGAAGGACAUCUCCAACGAAGAGGCCAGUUGGAGAAAAGACACCUCAAGCCCGAAGAAGUGAACCGCUCGGUGACCUGACGGUCGCGGGGCCGAUGGUUGGGGUGGAGGCUGCGCUGGCGGCCCAGAAGGAGGAGGAGCUCCGGGAAGAGCUCCGACGCACCAAGGAGGAGGAAGACCAAAAGGUGGAAGAAUACCAUGGAAAAGUGAGCGAUUUAGAGGUCAGCCUGGAAAAGCAGAGACAGGCCUCCUCGCAAAAGGUGAAGGUGGCCAAGGCCAAGCUGCAGAAGCUGCAGAGCGAGGUGAUCAGUGAAGAGGAGGCGCUGACCAGCAAGAAGGCAGAACUGUCACGAGUUGAGAAGGAGGCCCAGGCCAUGGAAGCCAAAGCCAAGUCGGCGGAGGCCUCGCAGUCGGCGGAGGAGAAGCACCUCCAAGCUAAGCUGAAAGCAGCAGCCACCAUGGAAAGAAGAGGCCGCAAGCAGGUCAAUUGAGGGCAAAGGUCUUCUCAUCACGUCCAAGUUGCAUCCAACCGCCGAAUUGAACCUAUAACAUCCUAUAACCCGAGAGGAACCUAACCCGUUCAAAUUGUAUCCACCUAACCCAGAAUGCAAGGUUCAGUCGGUUCAAGUGCAUGGAAUUUCCGUUGUGACUCAUGAACGACCCCGACUGGGAGUCAUCCGCUAGAGGGGUGAGACUUGAGUCAUGACGCGCAAGCGCUUCCGCACAGCACAUCGUCGCCCACACAGUAUGCUGGCCAACGUGACGUCGGCGGGUCAAAGGGAUGACAGCCCUGCAACGACAGGCAGAGCAUCAGGCUGCACAGCUGCGGAAGAUGAUCGCAGACGAGAAGCAGAUGGAGCAGGAGCAGGUGGCGGCGCUGGAGCACGAGAUCCGUGAGGCCUCUCCAAAAGUGUCUCAAGUGGUCAAAGUUCACGCCAAGUUCCUCCGCGCCUGACUGAGUCAAGUGUUUCGCUUGACCUUCCUUAGCGCGGGAAGCACCAUGCAGUGCCAUGGGCGGGCGUUGCCUGCGGCAACGCCAUGCGCAGGGCAGCAGUGCGGGCGC